AUGGAUUACGAAAAUAACAUUAACGAAGCCAUGAAACCUAUAUCCUGGCUUGCAGGCCGUUGGUUUACAGAACACGGUCGUGGAUCAUUUCCGAAUUUGAAAGAGUUCGAAUACCACGAAGAACUAGAAUUUUUAUGCGUGGGUCAACCAAUGUUUAACUACAUAUCUACGUCACGGCACCCAGAAACUGGGACUCCAAUGCACCAAGAGAGAGGCUUCUUACGAAUAAACCCUGGAACCAAUCAACUGGCUUUCAUUGUGAGUCAUAAUUUUGGACUUUCCACCAUUGAGGAGGGUCAUUUUGAUGCUGACAAGAAAGAAAUAAAACUACAAACUGUUAAUGUUGCUAGAACAUCUUUUGCCAAACCACCUCAUGUCCAAAGCUUCAAACGAGAGAUAAGGCUAUUGUCUCCAGACACUUUAGAGAUAGUUUUGUUUAUGAAGACUGAUGAUACACCAAUGAGCGAACACUUAAAGGCAGUUUAUAAUAAAAAAGUGUAA